AUGGACGUCGACGUGGACGUGGACGUAGACAUGGACGUGGACGAUGGACGUGGAGUGGACGUGGACAUGGACGUGGACAUGGACAUGGACGUGGACGUGGACGUGGAUGUGGACGUGGACAUGGACGUGGACGUGGACGUGGACAUGGACGUGGACAUGGACGUAGACAUGGACGUGGACAUGGACGUGGACAUGGACGUGGACGUGGACAUGGACAUGGACGUGGACGUGGACGUGGAUGUGGACGUGGAUGUGGACGUGGAUGUGGACGUGGAUGUGGACGUGGACAUGGACGUGGACAUGGACGUGGACGUGGACGUGGACAUGGACAUGGACGUGGACGUGGACGUGGACGUGGAUGUGGACGUGGACGUGGACAUGGACGUGGACGUGGACGUGGACGUGGACAUGGACGUGGACAUGUACGUGGACGUGGACAUGGACGUGGACAUGGACGUGGACGUGGACGUGGGCGUGGACGUGGACGUGGACGUGGAGAUGGACGUGGACGUGGACGUGGAGGACUUGGACGUGGAGAUGGACGUUGACGUGGACGUGGACGUGGACGUGGACAUGGACGUGGACGUGGACAUCGACGUGGACAUGGACGUGGACAUGGACGUGGACAUGUACGUGGACGUCGACGUGGAAGUGGACGUGGACGUGGAGAACUUGGACGUGGACAUGGACGUGGACAUGGACGUGGACGUGGACGUGGACGAAGACAUGGUCGUGGAUGUGGACGUGGACGUGGACGUGGACAUGGACUUAGACGUGGACGUGGACGUGGACGUGGACGUGGUCGUGGACGUGGACGUGGUCUUGGACAUGGACGUGGACGUGGACAUGGACGUGGACGUGGACGUGGACGUAGACAUGGACGUGGACCUGGACGUGGACGAGGACGAGGACGGGGACAUGGACGUGGACAUGGACGUGGACGUGGACGUGGACAUGGACGUGGACGUGGACAUGGACCUGGUCGUGGACAUGGACGUGGACGUGUCCGUGGAUGUGGACCUGGACCUGGACCUGGACGUGGACGUGGACGUAGACGUGGACAUGGACGUGGACGUGGACGUGGACAUGGACGUGGACGUGGAGAUGGACGUGGACGAUGGACGUGGAGUGGACGUGGACGUGGACGUGGACGUGGACGUGGACAUGGACAUGGACAUGGACGUGGACAUGGACAUGGACGUGGACGUGGACGUGGACGUGGACGUGGACGUGGACGUGGACGUAGACGUGGACGUGGACAUGGACGUGGACGUGGACGUGGACGUGGACGUGGACAUGGACGUGGACAUGGACGUGGACAUCGACGUGGACGUGGACGUGGAGGUGGACGUGGACGUGGACGUGGACGACGUGGACGUGGACGUGGACGUGGACGUGAACGUGGACGUGGACGUUGACAUGGACGAGGACAUGGACGUGGACGUGGACGUGAACGUGGACAUGGACGUGGACGUGGACGUGGACGUGGACGUGGACAUGGACGUGGACGUGGACGUGACGUGGACGUGGACGUGGACGUGGACGUGGACGUGGACGUGGAGUGGACGUGGACGUGGACGUGGACGUGGACGUGGACGUGGACAUGGACGUAGACGUGGACGUGGACGUGGACGUGGACGUGGACUGGACGUGGACGUGGACGUGGACGUGAACAUGGACGUGGACGUGGACGUGGACGUGGACAUGGACGUGGACGUGAACGUGGACAUGGACGUGGACGUGGACGUGGACGUGGACGUGGACGAGGACGUGGACGUGGACGUGGACGUGGACGUGAACGUGGACGUGGACCUGGACGUGGACGAGGACGUGGACGUGGACGUGGACGUGGACAUCGACGUGGACGUGGACGUGGACGUGGAGAACUUGGACGUGGACGUGGACGUGGACGUGGACAUGGACGUGGACGUGGACGUGGACGUGGACAUGGACGUAGACGUGGACGUGGACAUGGACGUGGACAUGGACGUGGACGUGGACGUGGACGUAGACGUGGAGGACGUGGACGUGGACGUGGAGGACGUGGACGUGGACGUGGACGUGGACGUGGAGAACUUGGACAUGGACAUGGACGUGAACGUGGACGUGGAGGACUUGGACGUGGACAUGGACGUGGACGUGGAACGUGCACGUGGACGUGGACGUGGACGUGGACAUGGACGUGGACGUGGACGUGGACGUGGAGUGGACGUGGACGUGGACGUGGACAUGGACGUGGACGUGGACGUGGACGUGGACAUGGACGUGGACGUGGACGUGGAUGUGGACGUGGCCGUGGAGAUGGACGUGGACGUAGACGUGGCCGUGGACAUGGACGUGGACGUAGACGUGGACGUGGACGUGGACGUGGAGGACGUGGACGUGGACGUGGACGUGGAGGACGUGGACGUGGACGUGGACGUGGAGAACUUGGACGUGGACAUGGACGUGAACGUGGACGUGGACGUGGACGUGGACGUGGAGGACUUGGACGUGGACAUGGACGUGGACGUGGAGGUGGACAUGGACGUGGACGUGGACAUGGACGUGGACGUGGACGUGGACAUGGACGUGGACGUGGACGUGGACAUGGACAUGGACGUGGACGUGGACAUGGACGUGGACGUGGACAUGGACGUGGACGUGGACGUGGACGUGGACGUGGACGUGGACGUGGACGUAGACGUGAACGUGGACAUGGACGUGGAGUGGACGAGGACGUGGACGUGGACGUGGACGUGA